AUGAGUUAUACUGGAUGGAAUUCUACAAAUACUUUUGUCAACAACACAAAUGAAUAUCUUUCAAGAAAUAAUGAUAAUCCUCAUGAAGGUUAUGUGAAAAGAUGGAUUGAAAUAGGUCUUCAAAGAUGGGCUGACUCUGCUGAACGUUAUGUCUAUGAAAGAACGAAUCCACCGUAUAUCUAUAAUUAUAAUGAAGGUUAUCGUUCUUGGCGAUACAAAUAA